GAAGAGAGAGAGAGAGAGAGAGAAAGAGAGACAGUGGCGAAGAACGAGAGGGAAAAGAGAGAGGGGGAGGGAGUGACAGAGAAGAAGCGGACCGACAGAAAGAAGAGAAAGAAAAGGGUUGCUACGUCUGGAGGAAAUAACUGUGAGGGGGGGCUCAUAGCGAGGAAGAGGAAGCGAGCUGUAGGAGGCUAGCAGCUCUAUGGCUCAGUCUGUCGCUGCUAACGGGGUGGACCAGGACCGGGACCAGGACCAGGACCUGGCCAGCAAGAGACUGCACUCAAGGAUGGAGGCUUCUUGCUUGGAGUUGGCUUUGGAAGGAGAGCGGCUGUGCAAGGCCGGGGACUUUAAAGGCGGGACAGCGUUUUUUGAGGCAGCCGUGCAGGUCGGCACAGAAGACCUUAAGACCCUCAGUGCCAUCUACAGCCAGCUGGGCAACGCCUACUUCUACCUCAAAGAGUACGGCAAAGCCCUGGAGUACCACAAACAUGACCUUACUCUGGCCAGAACAAUAGGAGACAGAAUCGGAGAAGGAAAAGCCAGCGGUAACCUUGGUAACACAUUAAAAGUGUUGGGGCGCUUCGAUGAGGCUGUUGUGUGCUGUCAAAGACACCUGGAUAUUUCUCAAGAGCAGGGAGACAAGGUUGGAGAGGCCAGAGCUCUGUAUAACAUCGGGAACGUGUUUCACGCGAAGGGCAAACAGCAGUUAUGGGGUUGCACCCAGGAACCAGGGGACCUUCCUCCUGAUGUCAGAGACACUCUGCAAAGGGCUACUGGCUUUUAUGAGAUGAACUUGUGUUUGGUCAAAGAACUCGGAGACCGAGCUGCCCAGGGGAGGGCCUACGGGAACCUGGGCAACACCCACUAUCUGCUGGGAAACUUCGUUGAAGCUAUCAAGUUCCACCGUCAGCGAUUAUCCAUAGCCAAAGAAUUUGGGGACAAAGCGGCAGAACGGCGAGCCUACAGUAACCUCGGCAAUGCCCUGAUAUUCCUGGGCCAGUUCAACACAGCCACUGAAUACUACAGGAAAACUCUGCAGCUGUCCAGGCAGCUGAGGGACCAGGUGAUGGAGGCUCAGGCCUGCUACAGCCUUGGAAACACCUACACUCUUUUGCAGCAGUAUGAGAGGGCCAUAGACUACCACCUGAAGCACCUGUACAUAGCUCAGGAGCUUACUGAUAGAGUUGGUGAGGGCCGUGCCUGCUGGAGUCUGGGAAACGCAUACGUGUCUUUACAGAACCACAAACAAGCUCUCCACUACGCCCGAAAGCACUUGGACAUCUCGAAAGAAAUCGGAGACAGAAAUGGGGAACUGACAGCCAGAAUGAAUGUGGAGCAGCUGAUGGAGGUUCUGGGGGUCAACGAGAGCGACCUUUCACCAUCCAGCUCAGAGUUUGAGAUGCAAGGAGCGAGACCCAAAUUCACCAAGAGAAACAGCAUGGACAGCGUAGAACUGUGGAAGUACUCUUCAGAUAAGAACGGUGAGAACCAGGACUUGGAAAGUAUACCCAGGAGAUCCAAGAGUCAGCUGUCCCAGCCAGGCAAAAGAAAAAACUAUCCUGACAGCCAGUCAUCAGAUGAGAGGCCGUGGUUGGACUCUCCUCUAGACACUGAUGACAUCACUGUGCAAGUCCCGCCUCCAGUACCAAAGCUGGGCCGUGACCCGUCCGAUGAAGACUGCUUCUUUGACCUCCUCAGCAAGUUCCAGAGCAGCCGCAUGGAUGACCAGCGCUGCCAUCUUGAUGAUCCGCAGAACGGAGACAACGGAGAAGGUGACGAAAACUCCGUGCUGUCCCUGAAUGAGAUAAUAGAUUCUGCAAUCACCACUUCCCCCCAGACGGAGGAGCUGUUUGAUUUGAUUGCCAGCUCCCAGAGCCGCCGUCUAGAUGACCAGCGGGUUAAUGUUGGUAACCUUCCAGGCCUGAGGAUUACCCAUAACAAUCUGGGACACCUGGUGGGAGAGGGAGAUCAUCAAGAGCCCAGCGACGACUUCUUCAACAUGCUCAUCAAGUGCCAGUCCUCUAGGAUCGACGAUCAGCGGUGCUCCCCACCAGAAGCAGGCCCCCACGCCCCCACAGUGCCUGAUGAAGACUUCUUCAGUCUAAUCCAGAGGGUGCAGGCCAAGCGCAUGGACGAGCAGCGCGUCCACCUGCCCUCGGACGACCAGGACGACCCCGAGUCCCCCGACCUGGAGCCACCCGGCGGUUUUUCCAGCUAGGACUGACGGGUGAAUAAUGCUGCGUAACUUCACGUCAAAGAAAAUAAAAAGCAGAAGAAAUGAAAGGGGAGGGGGGGGGAUGAGCCAACAUUUAAAAAGACAGCACUGAAGGGUGAACUAACAAGAUUUUUAAUAACAAGACGAAUUCCAUGUGCAAUAGGUGGUGCCCUGUCAAACGUUGCUCGAUGUGUAAUGUUCUAAAUGUGUUGUUAAUGUAACGGGAAGACAAGCAGAAUUUUAAGCUCGGUGGCGUGGGGAAGAAGAUGUUUGGGGGUAACAUGAAAAAAAAAAAAAGUACUCAAUGCCUUAAUCAGCAUUUAUUUUUCAGACUUAAGAUUGUAUUCCCUGUAUUGUCAGAUGUGUUCUGUAGAAGCACAUGAUGGUUAUACAGUGUAAUAUGGAGACCUACAGCAUCACAAAGAUUGAAUGAUAGGAACAGAGUUGAUGAAAACAUCAGAGACAGAUUUGCACUGAAAUCUAAACCAGUUUUAUAAAGACAUGAAUGAUAAUCUUAAUACCAGCUGUCUUUAUCAAACAAAUCGUACUCUGAUCAACGCUGCUUUUAUCAUCCAUUGUUUGUGGUUCACACGUCUCAUAGAAAGCUGGUGUUAUUUGUGCAGUAACAGUAUUAGGGAUCAUCAUCCAGUGUUAAACAACAAGCUGCUUUUGGUCAGUUUAAACUUUUCCACGCUUCGUUUUUUUUUUUCUGACUUGGACACAUUUAAAAAUUGACCGACCGCGAGAUAUGAUUUCCCACAUAAAUAUUUAUUUAUGUGCGUUUUUUUUUGCAUUUAUAAAAAAAUGCAUCUCUUCACACAGUAUGCGGUAACCUUGGUUACCGAGCAAACGACAUGAAACAGCUGCUUCUUUUAGAGAUCCGAGAUUAGAGUCGUGUGAUAAUUCAAGCUCCAGUUAAAUGUUCCUGCUUAGCUUUGAAAGUAACGCUGCCCAUAAAUGUCCUAAACAUCUGAUAACAGACUACUGCUUACUUGCCAUUAUUAUCAUUACUUAACAUAGAGAUAGAAGCAUAUGGGUGAGACGGAUGUGUCAUAUUUCGAUGAAUCUAUAAUACCAUGAACAAUAUUGAAGCACUUAUUCUAGGUUGUGCUGACAGUGUGCUGCCUCCCUGUGGUCAAAACCUUGUAUUACCGCUGUGAAAUCCAGAGUACAAUCUAUUGGGGAUAAAAUGCAUUCCCUUCUCUUGAAUAUGUGUAGGACAACAUUAUAAUAAUAAUAAUAAUAAUGAUAUUGCGAUACAGUACAAGUAUGAUGAUUAUGAGAAUUUUUCUCUGGUUUCAGCAACAAAGUUUUUCCAACUUGUACCAUAAAUGAGGAGAUUUUUUGGACAUUGUUUCAUAAAUGUUACACAAACUUCAGAAAGAUCUGUAUAAUGGUACUGUAAAAAAGAAAAGAAAAUUUGACCGUACCGUAUGGGCUUGCUUUUUAUUCAAAAAUUGCAUACCUCAUUUUUGUACCUCAAAGCUCAUGAACCUGAACCGGGAUGGAUCGUGUACCAAGUUCAUAGAGGUUAUGUUUGAUUCAUCUAUCUUUGAUAAACAACGCAUUGGGAGCUAAAGUUAAUAUUUUUCUUUUUCUGUUUUUUUGUGAAUUAACAUUUUUAGAAAGUACCCGGUACGCUUCUAUUUGUCUUUGCCAUAAUUUGUACAUAUAAAUAUAUUUUAUAUUUAUGUUCCAUUUGAGGACAUGAAUAUGUCCCCUCAUGCUUUUAAUAAAAUGUUUCAGAUGUUUA